AUGCAAAGCAUCUAUAAAGAGCAUAUUGGAGGGAAAGUCUAUUUACUUCUAUUCGAUUACUUUUUUCUCACAGGAUAUACAAAGGAAACGAGCAGUAUUGUAGUUGUAGGGCUUAACUUCCGAUCGGCUCCAAUUGAGAUACGUGAGAAGCUCUCUAUACAAGAAGCUCAAUGGCCCCAAGCAAUUGGUGAACUGUGUGCUCUUAAUCAUAUAGAGGAAGCUUCUGUUCUUAGCACUCGCAACCGGAUGGAAAUAUACGUUGUGGCUUUGUCACAGCAUCGCGGGGUUAAAGAAGUGACUGAAUGGAUGUCAAAGAUUAGUGCUGUUCCUGUUUCGGAGCUUUGUCAGCACCGAUUUUUGCUGUAUAAGAAGGAUGCCACAAAUCACCUAUUUGAAGUAUCUGCUGGGCUAGAUUCCCUUGUCUUAGGAGAAGGUCAAAUUCUUGCACAGGUAAAACAAGUAGUUAAAACUGGACAGGGCAUCUCUGGCUUUGAUCGCAAAAUCAGCGGGCUGUUUAAGCAUGCAAUCACGGUUGGAAAACGUGUGAGAACUGAGACAAGUAUUUCGUCAGGAUCAGUUUUAGUUAGUUCAGCUGCUGUGGAACUUGCUUUAAUGAAAAUUCCACAAUCUUCUCUUGCAACUGCUAGAAUGUUGGUUGUUGGAGCCGGCAAGAUGGGAAAACUUGUAAUUAAACAUUUGGCUGCGAAAGGUUGCACAAAAAAAAUUGUUGUUAAAAGAACCGAGGACAGAGUUUCUGCCAUUCGCAAUGAGCUUGAGAAUGUCGAAAUACUUUACAGGCCUCUCUCCGAAGUGUUAACAUGUGCUGCCGAAGCUGAUGUCGUCUUCACCAGUACUGCUUCAGAAACUCUUCUGUUUUCAAAAGAGCAGGUUCAGGCUCUUCCCCCCUUGAGCCCUAAUAUUGGAGGUAGGAGGCUAUUCAUGGAUAUUUCUGUUCCACGAAAUGUGGGAUCGUGUGUUUCAGAUGUUGAAACUGCACGUGUUUACAGUGUGGAUGAUCUGAAAGAAGUUGUGGAAGCUAACAAAGAGGACAGGUUGCACAAAGCAAUGGAAGCUCAAGCAAUAAUCGAAGAGAAAGUGAAACAAUUUGAAGCCUGGAAAGACUCCCUCGAAACUGUUCCAACCAUCAAGAAGCUUAGGGCAUAUGCAGAAAGAAUUAGGUCAUCUGAGUUCGACAAGUGUUUGUCUAAGAUUGGCGAUGAUAUUCCGAAGAACAAAAAGAAAGCCAUAUAUGAUCUUGGUACAGGAAUAGUGAACAAACUGCUUCACGGUCCAAUGCAACAUCUACGAUGUGAUGGAAACGAGAACAGGUCCCUAAGUGAGAUACUCGAAAAUAUGCAUGCUCUCAACAGAAUUUUCCGUCCCGACACAAAGUUCUCCAGACUGGAACAGAAGAUACGAGCCAAAAUUGAAGACAGUCAGAAGUGAGCUUCUUGAAUCUACCUUCUCAAUAUCAUAUUGUUAUUUUAUCUAAUUGGAGGAUAAAAUUCCUCCCCCGGAGCUGAUAUUCAUCUGAGUAUUGUCGAGUUCUUU